AUGAAAUCCAUACUUAUUAUAUUCGCAAUUCUUGCUUUGGCCGCUUCCCAGUACUACGGUGGAUAUCCAGGAUAUGGUUACGGUGGAUACCCGGGUUAUGGAUACGGUGGCGGUUGGGGACGUGGAUAUGGUGGUGGAUGGGGUAACAGGUACUACAGAUACGGUGGAUAUCCCGGAUAUGGAUGGAACAGGGGUGGAUACUAUGGUGGCGGACCAUAUGGAUACGGUGAUAUGGCGGAUAAAAAGGUGGUAAGUAGGAGUUGA